AUGGAUAUUAAAAAAUAUACUUCUAUAAUUCAAGCAGUUCUAAAAUUUGUCGGCUUUUAUCCGAUAAGCAUGCCGAGAUAUCUUACAUGCGUUAGUUGCAUUGUACUUAUGAUCGUGGCACAAAUUGUAACAAUUUAUAAAAAUUGGAACGACUUAGAUACUGUUUUAGACAUAAGUUCAUCUUUGUUAACGAUAGCACUUGCUGUAUUAAAGUCAAUAAUUUGGAUGUUCAACAGAAAAAGUUUGGAGUACUUUGUUAAUUUCAUGUUAACAAGUUAUUGGAACAUAGUUAAAGUUGAUGUUUUUAUACAUUUACAAGAAUAUGCAAUAUAUGCUAAAUACAUUUCAAAGGGCUAUCUUGUUUCCAUGUUCAAUACACUAUUAUUUUAUAGUAGUUUACCUAUUAUUGAAGUACUCAUUAGUAAACAUCAAGAUUCAAAUAAUAAUUUUACUAUGAAGAAUUUUCCAUUUACUGGAGCAGCCCCUGUGGCUUUUGACAAAUUUCCUUUCUAUCAGAUUAUAUAUAUACACCAAGUGUUAGCAACAAAUAUCUGCGCUCUGAUUAUGCUUGCAACUGAUGCUUUAAUAGCAUCUGCUUUGCUUCAUACAUGUGGCCAUUUUGCAGUACUUAAACAACAAUUAAAGGAACUUGAUUCAUGUAUUUACUGUAUAACCAAUUCAGAAAAUAAUUUGAAAAACAUAGAUACCAAUAUGUACAAUAUAAAAAUUCAAUUGAUGCAUGUGAUUCAACAUCAUCAAAUCAUUCUUUGGUUUUGUGAUAACAUGGAAAAGAAUUUUCACCUAAUGCUCUUUUUACAAACUAUCACUAGCAGUAUCAUAAUUUGUUUUGUUGGAUUUCAGGUUUCUACUGUAAGUAUAACUUUAACCAAGUAUUUUGUUUCUUAA